GAGACCAGCUCGAAGACGACCUAAAGGCAUAAAUUAGAAAUGGAGAAUCAAGACAGAAACUAAAAGACUCAGGAAGUCAGUGAGGGAAGUUUAGUGGUUUCUUGCGUCACAGACACUUCACACUGAAGCUUGUUGCCGGUGCAGAGAGAAAGAUAUAUUUCACAUCUCUACAUAUGAAGUGUGGAUUCCAUCAAGCAGUGAUGUAGUUCAUCAGUGAAGUUCUGGAGCAGCACCGGAUCAUUAAUCAGGAUCAAACUGAUUGAAUAGCGUUAGAUAUUCUACAGCAGCCGUCAUGUGAGGUUUGACAGUUCUCACACACACUCAUUAAAUCAGCUCACACACACACACACACACUCACACACACACAAGGCCUGAAUGUUAGAGAGGAGGUAAAAGACAAGCAAGAUGAGGAGAGGCCGGAGAAAAGGAGGCAAUCGGGACAAAGUGUUCGGAUGUGACCUGCUGGAGCAUCUGACCUCCACCGCGCAAGAAAUUCCUCAAGUGUUACGCAGCUGUAGUGAGUUCAUCGAGGAACACGGGAUCGUGGACGGGAUCUACAGACUGUCUGGAGUCUCGUCCAACACACAGAAACUGAGGAGUGAGUUUGACACUGAAGGAUCUCCUGACCUGAACAAGGAAGUGUAUCUGCAGGACAUUCACUGCGUGAGCUCGCUGUGUAAAGCCUAUUUCAGAGAGCUGCCCAACCCUCUGCUCACAUACGAACUCUACGACCGCUUCGCCGACGCAGUGGCUGUCCAGCUGGAGGACGAGAGGCUGGUGAAGAUUAAAGAGGUUCUGAAGGAUUUACCUGUUCCUCACUACAGAACUCUGGAAUAUUUGAUGCGUCAUCUGGUCAAAAUGUCCACAUAUGCAUCUGAGACCAACAUGCACGCAAGAAACCUCGCCAUCGUCUGGGCCCCAAACCUCCUCAGAUCGAAGGACAUCGAGUCGACUGGUUUCAACGGCACGGCAGCGUUCAUGGAGGUUCGGGUUCAGUCCAUCGUGGUGGAGUUUAUUCUCACUCACGUGGCCGAGGUUUUCACUGGAACAGGAUUGACUGUGGAGCGCCGGAAGUCCCUCCCAUCGCCCUCGAUACUGUCCAGUCAGGAUGAUCAUUUCUUCAAACCCCUUUCUUUACACUGUCCAGGAAACCUCAGUCCUGGAGACGGACCUCCAGCCAUGCGGUCAUACCACGCUAUUAUUGAUGGCACUGACAAGAGGAAGAACUCCCUCAAAGGAAGGAAGUGGAGAUCCAUCUUUAAUUUGGGUGGGAGACUCCACGAUCCCCGCAAGAAGAGCAAAUACAGCCCUAAAGACAAAGAGAAGACGACGCUGAGGCCUGCGAAGAGCAUGGACUCCCUGAGCUGCGGUCCUUUAGCACUAGAAGAUUCGAAGCAUCCUCCAGCUCAUCUUCCUCCUCUGGUUCUGUCCACGUCCUCGGGCAGCUCAGAGGGCGUGGCUUCUGCUGGAGGGGGCGUGUCCAGUGGAUAUGCGGUGACGUACAGGCGUACGGGCGGAGCUCAGGUCAGUAUGGUGAGCGGAGGGACUCCCGGCACUUAUAAUCGGCUGGAAUCUGGGGGCGGAGCCAACGGAGCCGAGGGGGCGUCGCAGGGCGUGUCCAGAUCGCCCGGAAUGACCAGCAAAGCAGACCGUCGCGCCGGUAUCCACAUAUCCGGGCCUUUUUCUGUGACCGUCCCGCUUCAUAUAACAUCCGGACUGGCUCUGGGUGUGCUUCACGGCGGCUGGAACGAGAAAGAACAAACCCUGCAAGGAGACGCAGAGGAAGCGGGAGAAGAUGAGGACGUUAAGAGCACAGAUGAGAAUUCACAAAGCAAAAAUGAUGACGUUCACGAGAGUACAAUCAGUAGUUGUCAGGUGGAUUGUGGGAAGGAUACGGCGGAGAUUCCAGAAGAGGAAAAGACUGUGCCGGAAGAAGGAGACAAAGAAGCAGAGAAAGAAGAUCAGAGCCGGAAUCAGGAGUCUGUGAAGGAGGAGAAAGAAGAAGAAGCUUCAACGCCAGAAGUCAAAGAGGAAAACACAGAAGAGGAUUACAUGGAAAUGAGAGGAAACCUCCAACCAGCGCCGGUCAGUACGCUCUACUACGAGGACAUGGAGGUGCCAGACCAGGACCUGCCGAUGGAUUUACAGGAGGCUUUCGGGUUCCUGGACUUGAUGGACAGCUGUGCUUCAAACCAGGUUGAGUUUUCAGUCGAAGCACCUUGUUUUGAAAACGAAUACGAGGAAGAGGAGGACCAAAACAGGGAUAAUCAGGCCGUUUCCUGCCCAUUACAAAACUGCACUAAUGACUUUGAAGCACCAGCAGCUAAAAUCAGCAGCCCCUCGUUCACACACAGGCCCGUUGCUGGAAAAUCACACAGCUUGCCUUACAAGUCCCGCCCCUUCCUGCCAGCCCUGUCAUUAUCCUCAGAUGAUGACUACAGUCCUGCUGAAGAUGAUGAUGAUGAUGAUGAUGAGUCUGAUAAAGGUUCUGAAUAUGAGGACAUGUUUUGUCACAGUCUCCCAUCCAGUCGGUGUUUUCAGGGACUCUCUUGGUCGGCUCCAGAAACCGCCGCUGACAGUGAUGCAGAUGUCCACUGUAGUAACCAAUCAGAAUGCUUAGAUGAGAUGCAGAACGAGAACAAUAAAGAUGCAGACCAAUCAGAAGAGGAGAUUCCUACCGCUCCUGCAUUGACAGACCGGAGUGAAGAACAUCUCAGUUCAGAAGUAUUAAAGACGGAUGAAAACAAGGAAGAAGAGGAUGCUGAGAAUGAUAAACGCACGCUGAUAAGAGAAGAUGAAGCAGAGAGUGAAGCCAGUGGAGAGGACACAUAUUUUGGACCGGAUUCGGUACCUUCUUCACCAGAUCCCAAACAAACCGAGAUCUUCAGCGUUCCUGAGCUUCCCGGUGCGGAGGAUCAACAGGUGCUGGAUGAUGACGGUUGCCAUGGUAACAGUGAGGCGAUGCUGACCGUCGACUGCAUCUCAUCGGCUCCUCCAGAUCAGCCGCCGGAGGAACAAUCAACGAUUAUAAGCGAACAAAUGAUCGAAGAAGAGCUGAUUGAAGUGGAGGAGGAUGAGAAGAUUGAGGAGCUGAAAGAGUGUGAGAACAAUAUCAACAAAACAGAUAUGGAGGAAGAAAAGUGUGAGGAUGUUGAGGAAGAUGCAAAGACUGGAUCGGAAGAAGAAUGUAGUGAUGAGAAAGAAGAAGUGAGCAUGACUGAAGGGAAAAUAGAGGGAAAUAGUGGCGAGGAUGAAGAGGAACCUGCAGAAGAAGGUGAAGAAGAUGAAAGAAAGGAAGAUAAAGUGAAAACAAUGGAGAAUGUGAGGAGGAAGAUGGAGAACAAGCUGAAAGAAAUGGAUUUAGUGGAAAACAAUGGAGAAUGUGAGGAAGAAGAUGGAGAACAAGCUGAAAGAAAGGAAGAUUUAGUGGAAAACAAUGGAGAAUGUGAGGAAGAAGAUGGAGAACAAGCUGAAAGAAAGGAAGAUUUAGUGGAAAACGAUGGAGAAUGUGAGGAAGAAGAUGGAGAACAAGCUGAAAGAAAGGAAGAUUUAGUGGAAAACAAUGGAGAAUGUGAGGAAGAAGAUGGAGAACAAGCUGAAAGAAAGGAAGAUUUAGUGGAAAGCUGUGGAGAAUGUGAGGAAGAAGAUGGAGAACAAGCUGAAAGAAAGGAAGAUUUAGUGGAAAGCUGUGGAGAAUGUGAGGAAGAAGAUGGAGAACAAGCUGAAAGAAAGGAAGAUUUAGUGGAAAGCUGUGGAGAAUGUGAGGAAGAAGAUGGAGAGCAAGCAGAAAUAAAAGAAGGUUCAGUGGAAAGCGAUGGAGGAAACACUGAGGAGGUAAAAACAGAAGGUUUUGUUGAGGGAAACGUUGAGGAGAUAGUUGAAGGAAAAGAAGGUAGAGAUGAUCCUGAAGCAGAUGAGAUUCAGGAACACAAGGAGCCGGAAGAGAUCUCAGAUCACAUCCUAUCAACUGCUCCCAAACCUUCUCCUCGUAAAAUGGCGAAUCAAGUCAAAGCGGUUCCCGUCGUCCCGCCCAAACCUCGAAACUCCAAACUUACGGCCUUCAGGAAACAGUUUGAGCACAAACACACACAGCCCACGGACGCGGCGUGCGUCGAAACGGAUGAACCGCAGAGCGAGGAAGCGCUGGAGGAGUGUGAGAAGCAGGAGGAGGAGGGUUCGAAGGAAAGCCACGGGACUUGGGAUGGUGUGGUGGAUCGGAGGAAGGAUCUCCACAGGGAAGCAGAGAAAGAGGUGAAGAGGAACAGCGGCAUCAGCAUGUGUUUCGAUGAAGCCGUCGCUCGAGCCACAGUGAAGAGGAGCAGAGAGAGAGAAAACACAGAGCGGUUAUCCGGCGCUCACUGGGACAGCAGGAAAGAUGGGAAAACUGACUAACGGAACUAAAGCGGAUCAUGUGGAAGCUCGUUUCUGCCACGGAUUAAAAAGCCAAUUGCAAUUGCAUUGUGUUUAUUCUGUAUUCUGUGGCGGAAACAAGCUUUCAUAACAUGAUCAUGUAUUGUAAAAUAUUAUGUGCAGUAUUCACCAAACCCUUUUAUGCUCUUUUUUUAAAUAUUCUGAUUUUCAUUUUUUAGUUAAGAUAAAUAUAUAAAUAUGGAGGGAAAAUAUAGAUAUGUAUAGCUCAAAUCAUUUAAUAAAUAUUGUUACAUUUACAAGUCUUGGACAAAAUCUCAAUAUUCAUAUAAAAUAAACUCAGGCCACCCUUGUGAAUAUUAAUGGUAACACUUUACAAUGAGGUUUCAUAUUAAUUUCAACAUUUACAUUUUUAAGCCCCAAAGCUGUAUCUGUUAACAUUAAAACUAACAUGAACAAAUGCUGUAUUGAUAGUUCAUGUUAUUUAGGACAUUAACUAAUAUUAACAAAUUAGACCUUGUAAAGUGUUACCAUUAAUUAGUUAACAGCCUUAUCAAUUAAAACUGGAAUGGUUUAAUGUUGUGAUCAUUGUAUUUUUAAUGCUAAUGCAUUCGAAAGGACAAAUACAUAAAGAUAAAACACAAGAAUAAGACUAUCUGUAUAGACAGGAAAUUGUUUUAUAUGUAUUUCUGUUGUUGUAUACAUUCAACAAGCUAUGCAUUUCAUUUCAAUAAAUUAGUAUUUUCACUAUAUAAA